AUGCAUGUCUGGGGCUGGUUAGCUUCAGGCUUCCUUGUUUUAGUUACAGUUACGAUCGCGUCUCAUACGAUCAACGAACACCUGCACCACUACUACACACCAGAAACACAACGGCAUAAAGUCAGAGUGAUAGCCUAUCCAGCAGCAUAUUCAAUUUUGGCUUGGUUGUCUUAUUUAAAAUACGAUUAUGAGACAGUGAUCUUGUUCUUUGCUCGCCUGUUUGAAUCUUUUGCAGUUUAUAACUUGUACAUGUGCCUUCAGUCUUAUUUACAGCCUUACCGAGACAGAAAUGAAGGCGUUAAAGAAUCAAUUAGUACCAAAGUGUUUGGUCUUUUUACAUUUAAAUUAAAAUCCAAAUGGGGUCUUCACUUUCGAGUGAUCAUUGACAUUCUUGUGUUCCAAUUUCCAAUCUGGAAUAUCAUUUCAGCAUUAGUGUCUAUAUUUGCACAGAUCAAAGGCGUUUAUUGUGAUGGCGUAUUUAGUGUUCAUGGUGCCUAUACUUACUUGACAGUCAUACAAUUUAUUUCGUUGUCUAUUAUCCUUAUGGCUCUCUUCACAUAUCUUUCAGUCUUUGAGAAUGAAUGGAAAGAGGGUGAUAUUCAAGCCCACAAGAUGUUUUGGUGCGUUAAGGGACCUAUCAUGGUCAUCUUUUAUUUUGGUGAUAUCUUGUUGGCCAUCUUGACUUAUUUUAAUGUCAUUAAAGACAUACCUUACAGCACUACUUCAGGCACUUAUUGGACAGUAGCAGCUAUCAAGAAUGGUUAUUAUGUCUUGAUUAUCUGUACAACAAUGGCUGUCGUUUCCAUGUUAAUGCAAGUCUAUUUUGGGUUGAGGCUAAAAGAAUAUGAAAAUGAAGAACCAAACUAUAGCUAUCUUGAAGCUGUAUGGGAUGGUUACUUGGCCUAUAUUCCACAAUUUUUGAAGAAUGUAUUUAUGUGUGGCGGUGAUACAGUUGUCUUGGCAAAGAAACGCAUUAAAUUGAAGAAAGAAAGACGACUCAGCGAAGAUGAACGUAAUUUGCUGACUCCCUCAGAAAUCAAUGCGGCUACAGAAAUGAACCAAGCAUCAAUUCAUGAAUAUCUAGCUCAACCCAUACCCUCAUUUCAAAACAAACUGUACGAUGAAGAUACAAGAUAUCAAAGACACCAACAACAUAACUUCAAUGCGCUUCCUUUAGAACCAUUGAGUAUUAAAUCAAGCACAAGUGUCUAUAGUACUGAACAAGACAAAGCAAGUGAAGUAGAAGAUUUAGUGGUUCAACAAGAGCCUACGGCAGUUCCUAUACCACCACCUCCACCACCAAUGCAGUCUAGAAUAGUAAAUCAUAAUGAUGAGCUCAAACUAAUCCAUCAAGACUCGCAACACUUUCAGCCUCAUGAUAAAUAA